GUGUCCUAACUGAAGUGCAGUAUUUUUCAGAUGUAUUCGGACUGUCCACUCGUGUGGUCAGUGUUUCGGUGCGGAUGCAGGUAUUCACUGUUGCAUCUCACAUGCUGACCUCUCGUGUCUCAUCCUCCCACUGCUGCGUCACGCUGGAGGAGGGCGAGAUCUUUAAAUAUGGAACAAGACUCGAGUCGAGCGCGACGCGGGCAGGUUUACGCGCAACGUGGAGCGUUUUCCGACGGGACGGAGAGAGUUCGUGAGCCUGUUGCGUUAUGACUGCUGGAGUGACUGAAUGUACUGUAGUUCGUAGACGCAGCAGCGAAUUAUCUCUGGCUCCAGAUAAACUGAAGUGAGUCUCUGUAUGUGUUCCUGCUUUUACGCAUCCAGACACGCUGAACUUGGAGCGAAUUCGCACUUGCGCAUAUUUUGGAAGCGUUUCUGAAGCCCGGACGCACUUUAAUUCAGCGGAGGAGAAGAGGACGCGCACGGCACGGUCAACAUGAGCGACAAAAACAAAAUGGAGGAUGAAGCCAUAGUGGACAGGGGGGCGUCUUACAUCAAAAACAUGUGUGAUGAAGAGGUCGAGGGUCAUCACACAGUCUACAUUGGAGUUCACGUGCCUAAGAGUUACCGUCGCCGUCGACGACACAGACGACGAUCCAAUCACAAAGAGAGGAGGGAGCGUUUGGUGGAAAACUUCAGCGACAAAUCAGACACAGAGACUGCAGACGAUCCGUCCUCCAGCAUCCUCAAACCACUCAUUUCACCUGCUGCAGAGAGGAUUCGCUUUAUUUUGGGGGAAGAUGACAGCGGACCUCCUCCACCGCAGCUCUUCACCGAACUCGACGAGCUUCUCACCGUUGACGGACAAGAGAUGGAGUGGAAGGAAACAGCCAGAUGGAUAAAGUUUGAGGAGAAGGUGGAGAAGGGUGGAGAACGGUGGAGUAAACCUCAUGUAGCCACACUGUCUCUACACUCACUCUUCCAGCUGAAAAACUGCAUCGAGAAAGGAACCAUCAAGCUGGACAUGGAGGCCAACUCACUUCAGCAGAUCGUCGAAAUGAUCACUGACAGUCAGAUUGAGAGCGGGCAGCUAAAGGCCGAUCUGAAGGAGAUGGUCAUGUACACUCUGCUGCGGAAACAUCGCCACCAGACCAAGAAGUCCAACCUGCGUUCGCUGGCAGACAUCGGCAAAAGCGUGUCGAGUGCAAGUCGUCUGUUCAGCAGCCAGGAGAACGCGCGCAGUCCUCUCGAUCACUCUGUGCCUUGCUUUGCCAACUUUGAUCCUGACGAGCAAAUUCAGAUGCAGAGAAGCAACAGCAUGGGACUUCUCUGUAGUCCGACCACGGCGCAUCGUAACCUGACCUCCAACAGCCUGAACGAUCUCUCAGACAAACCUGAGAAAGACCAGUUGAAUAAUAAGUUCAUGAAGAAGGUUCCACGGGAUGCAGAAGCGUCAAACGUGCUGGUCGGCGAGGUGGACUUUCUGGACGCUCCCUUCGUGGCAUUUGUGCGUCUUCAGCAGGCCGUCAUGUUAGGAGGACUCACCGAGGUUCCUGUUCCCACACGGUUCCUUUUUAUUCUGCUGGGGCCCAAAGGAAAGGCCAAAUCAUACCAUGAGAUCGGACGUGCCAUCGCCACGCUCAUGUCUGAUGAGGUGUUUCAUGACAUAGCUUAUAAAGCGAAAGACCGCGGUGACCUGCUGGCAGGCAUUGAUGAGUUCCUGGAUGAAGUCAUUGUGCUUCCUCCAGGAGAAUGGGACCCUGAUAUCAGGAUCGAACCUCCUAAAUCCAUCCCGUCUGCAGAUAAACGUAAAAACUUUAUUGCUGGAGGGGAAGGUCUUCAGAUGAACGGCGGAGCUCCUCAUGAUGGGAGUCCAGGAGGCGGCGGCGGCGGUGGCCACGCGGUUGGCGAUGAACUCAAAUUUACUGGCAGGUUUUGCGGCGGCCUCGUUCUGGACGUCAAGAGGAAGCUCCCGUUUUAUGCGAGUGACUUUUACGACGCUCUCAACAUUCAGUCUCUGUCUGCCAUCUUGUUCAUUUACCUGGGAACCGUAACAAACGCCAUCACCUUCGGAGGGCUGCUGGGAGACGCCACUGACAACAUGCAGGGCGUGUUGGAGAGUUUUGUCGGGACGGCGUUGGCUGGUGUUGUGUUCUGUCUGUUUGCGGGUCAACCUCUGACUAUCCUGAGCAGCACCGGACCCGUGCUCGUCUUUGAGCGACUGCUCUUUAACUUCAGCAAUUUGACCAAAAACAAGCAGCAUUUCCUGGAACUCUCCUUCAAGAAAAUGCUCAAACUGGCUCACCAUCAUCCGAUCAACUCAGACUUCAACAUAGACCUGGUCACGCAGUACGGAUGCCACUGCAGUCCUCCAGACGGCAACAUUUCAGCUCUGUACAUGGAGAAGAUGGAGGUCCUGAUGAACAGCACUGGACAGGUCCGCAAACUGAUCAGUGAUUUCGCCAUUAUUCUGGCCAUUUUGAUCUUCUGUGGUGUGGACGCGCUCGUCGGUGUGGAUACACCCAAACUGCUAGUGCCAAGUGAAUUCAAGUUUAUGGAUCGUCUGCAGCUCUUGUUGAUGCCUGCAAAACACCAGCCAGAUCUGAUCUACCUGAGGCACGUACCGCUGAGACGGGUUCACUUCUUCACAUUCAUACAGGUGCUGUGUUUGGCUCUCCUGUGGGUGUUGAAGUCAACAGUAGCAGCCAUCAUAUUUCCUGUGAUGAUUCUUGCAUUGGUCGCCGUGAGAAAGGCCAUGGAUUACGUGUUCUCGCAGCACGAUCUCAGUUACCUGGAUGACAUCAUGCCCGAGAAAGACAAGAAGAAGAAAGAGGAUGAGAAGAAGAAGAAGAAAAAGAAAGGAAGCAUUGACAGUGACAUGAACGACGAAAGCCCAUGUCCUUCCUCACUCCCUACUGAUGGAAAGCACUUUUUCCUUUCCAAGACUGUGUCAAGUCAGGAUUUAAACCCCUUUAAGAAGAUGGUGCCUCAGAUCAGAAUCGAUUUGGACCCCGACAACAACAAGUUCUUCUGGAAAACUCCAGCCUCCGAAACGUCCCUUUAAACACUCCUGAAAACACUUUCACACAGACACUUUUAGGUCCAGAUGAUGGUUUGGUCAUUCAGCUAAACAAAACAAACUUUGCUAGAAUGAUUCUAUUCAAAGUCCAAAAAAAGGAAAAUGGUAUUUAAACACUACAACCAAUAGCUGCACAAACAAACUCUUUACCAAAGAGUUUUUUUUUUUUUUACUUAAUUGAAUUUUUUUAGCUCCUCAAUAUGUCCUUCUGACGUUUUGGUAGCAUUAAUGUUGGAAAGUUGGGGAAAAAAGUAUUUUUGUUAUUGAUGAAUGUUUUUGGUUCUGGGUCCAGACUGAAUUUUUUUUUCCCCAAUCAUUUUUAAACUUUUAUAACCAUAUUUUAUUAAACAGAAAGCAUGUCAGAAUCAUGUCAUAAUCAGUCUUAAUAAUGUAUUAAAAAAAUUAAAAACUUGAGGUUUGAGUUUUCUUUUGGCCAAAUAACUGCACUUCAUUCAAAUGAGCACAUUAGAUCAAAUUUUCUAAAAAAAUCUAUGAACAAAUUCUGUUUUCUAUGGAAGCUACAGAAUAAAAAAUGGAAACGGUAAUGGCAAAUUAUUGCACAAUUCUUUUUUUCUUUCAAUCUUGAGAUUUAAACUCAGAAUUCUGAGAGAAAAGUCAGAUAUAAACUUUCUUCUUGAAAUUCAGAGAUUAUAGUUUACAAUUCCGACUUUUAUUCCUAGAAUUCAGAGUUUAAAUCUCGCAAUUGUGAGAUUUUAACUCAGAAUUGUGAGAAGAAAUCAGAAACGUGAGCAAAACGGCUGCAAUUACCUAUUUUUUUUAUUGCAUAAAUGGAUAGUUUUCUUUGAUACUUUAAGUAUGUUUUUUUCUCCGAAAACUCAAACCUUUAGUCUUUUAGAAGUGUAUUUAAGCGUAUAUUAUUACUAAACCACAAUGGUGGCGGUAACUAUUUAUCCCAAUAUGGGAAACUGCGGUUUUAAAAACAAAAAAUCUUAACAAGACACUUCAGAAAGUGGGAAACACUCGACAUGAAUAUUAUUUUCUAGUUCUACCUCUUAUGAUGGACAGUAGGUGCCAGACACUGUAGUGUUUGAGUGAAGCAUUUCUCUAUGCAGUAUGUAACGGUUGUCAACGGCUAUCUUAAAGUCACGUGACGGGAAGAGCGGGAACCGCGCUGGAUGCUCUUGACUACGAAAUUCCCUCUGCCCUUUUGUGAACUCUGUUUCUUCAUAAAUGACAAUCCAUAACAGGGCAGAUACUUUCAAUGUGAUUGCGUUCAAUGUAUUUACUAUGAAGCAGUUGAUUUAUGGUGAUUUUAUUAUCUGGAUAUUUUUAUUGUACUUUUUUUUUUUUUUUAAAGAAGUAAUGGUGUAGAUAGUGACGUCUUUUAUACUGAGAUGAAACGUUGAGAGGUGUAAGGACACAAUAAAUGAUAUUUAAUGUGGAACAGCUGCACCAAGUGACAGCAAUACGCAAAUGUCCUUGUUUUUGUGUGUGUGGGAACUUAAAUGCUGUCAUUAAGACAGAUCAUUUAUCAUUUUCUCUUACAUUCAGCACAAGGAUAUGUCAGUCAGAAAAUCUGGCUGAAUAUUUUUAUUUUAUUUUAAUAUACUCCAGUUGUUAAAACUUGAAUAUAGAGACAUAAGUCAGUGUUUGUACAUAGAUCUGUUCAUCAUCUCUGAUUAAUAAUGUCUUCCAUUUCUUUUGAUUGGAUCAAAUUGCCUGUGCAUUUUCAAAGACUGAACUGUUUUAGCGAGAUGCAUAUUGUAGUGCAUGAUGUUUUCAUAAAUCUUUUCUUUUAGAUGCUGUUUUUCAAAACCUAUUGAGAUUAUUUAUUGUCCUCUUCUGAAAGCUGUCUUACUCUGUGAUUAUAAGUGACGCUACAGGCAAUAAUGAGAUUAACAGUUCUGUAAAAGGGAAUCACCCUGUAGCACUGUGAGGCGAUGGGCAAAUUAAAGCAAUUAUUAAACC